CGUGAGAAAAACAAUGUUACUGCUAAGCUAUCUAGUGAGAAGCAAGAGUGAGAGAAAAUGGCCUUUUCAGGUAAGCAUGGCUGGGAAGACACGAAAGGCUUCACCCUGCAAGUCCUAACAGGAAGGUGGUUUAUGGUGUUUUCAUCAUUUAUGAUCAUGUCUGUGUCGGGAGCAAGCUACAUGUUUGGUCUUUACUCAAGAGAAAUAAAGUCUGUUUUGGGAUAUGACCAAUCCACUCUUACUCUUUUAAGCUUCUUCAAGGACUUGGGCUCUAACAUAGGCAUUCUUUCUGGCCUUCUCAAUGAAGUCACACCCCCUUGGGUUGUCUUAUCAAUUGGUGGUGUUCUAAACUUCUUUGGCUAUUUCAUGAUUUGGCUUGCUGUCACAAGAAAAAUCCCCAAACCAGCAGUAUGGAAUAUGUGCUUAUACAUAUUCAUUGGAGCCAAUUCUCAUUGUUCAACCAACACUGGUGCUUUAGUCACAAGUGUAAAGAACUUCCCUGGUAGCAGAGGUGUUGUCAUAGGCCUUUUGAGUGGCUAUCUUGGUUUGAGUGGAGCUAUCAUCACUCAGCUAUACUAUGCCUUCUAUGGAGAUGACUCUAAAUCUUUAAUUUUGCUUAUGGCUUGGCUACCAACUGCUGUAACUUUUGUUUUUAUGCCAGUUAUUAAACACCACAAAAGAGUUGAACAACCAAAUGAUUCCAAGGCUUUUUAUAAUUUCCUUUACAUGACUUUGAUCCUUGCAGGAUUCCUCAUGAUAAUGAUCAUAGUGCAAAAGUGUUUCAACUUUACUAAGAGUGAGUACUAUGUCACUACCACCGUCAUGCUUCUCUUGCUUAUCCUUCCUCUUGUUGUUGUUAUCAUGGAAGAAAAAAGGAUUUGGAAGAGCAAAAAAGAGAACAUCAAUACUCCUAAGCCUUUGAAUAUAAUCACGCAGACUGAUAAUGCUAGCGGAGAGAGUACUCAAAAUCAAAACAUUCGUAGAGGUGAAGAUCAUACAAUACUUGAAGCCAUUUUCAGCCUUGACAUGAUGACUCUUUUUGUAGCCACAAUUUGUGGACUUGGUGGAACUCUUACUGUGGUAAAUAACUUGAGUCAGAUUGGAUUAUCUUUAGGUUAUCCAGCACAUAGUAUAACCACAUUUGUUUCACUAAUGGCUAUUUGGAUCUAUCUAGGUAAAGUUACACAAGGAGUUAUCUCAGAACUUAUCAUAACAAAGUUAAAACUCCCUAGACCUCUCAUGCUCACAUCAAUCCUUAUAUUAUCUUGUUUUGGUCACCUUCUAAUUGCAUUUGAUGUUCCAAAUGGUCUCUAUGUAGCUUCCAUUAUUAUUGGUUUCUGCUUUGGAGCAAACUGGCCAGUACUAUUUUCAAUCAUAUCUGAGCUAUUUGGUCUUAAAUAUUACUCAACAUUGUACAAUGUUGGGUCAAUAGCAAGUCCAAUAGGGUCAUACUUGUUAAGUGUGAGGGUUGCUGGUUAUCUGUAUGACAAGGAAGCCACAAAGCAAAUGGCAGCAUUAGGACUAAAGAGGAAGCAAGGGGAGGAGUUGAAUUGCAAUGGAAGUGAGUGCUACAAAUUGGCUUUCAUUAUAAUCACUGCUGUUAGCCUCUUUGGGGCACUUGUGUCUCUAACUUUAGUUUUAAGGACUAGAGAGUUCUAUAAAGGUGACAUAUACAAGAAGUUCAGAGAGGAAGCUAGAAAUAAUGAAUUGGUUGUGACUCAGAACAAGGUUGGACCUGCCUCAAAUGAUGGAUAGAUAGAUAGACAUCUUUGGUAAAAAAUUGGCAGGUAAUACUUCAGAAUUGGAAAAUUGUGUAUGGGUGGAUAUAUGAGAAACUAAUAAGUAGCAAUUCCUCUAUAUAGUCUACAAUAGUAACUAUUACAUUUGAAGAGUAAAAUUUAUCUUUAAAAGGCAGAGUCUUUUAUAAUUUUCAAUGUAACUUAAUUGUUUUUUUUUCCAAUUGCAUUGUAUUAUUGAUAUUAUGAACUUCAUUUUAUUUUAUACUGAAAUAGAAAAUAGAUUCUAGAUUGAUGACAAUAAUCAUGGUGAGAUUUUUGGUGUGAUGGUUAUGAUUCUUCGAUGAUCAAAGAGUUAUUGGUAAAAAUUAGUAUUUCGACGUCUAAGUCAGUGUGUGAAUGAGGUGAGAUUUUAAAAAUAUGAGUGAAAAUGUAUUUGCGUGUGACUCAAGGGCCACCUAUAUAUAAAGGAGACAAUUAUAAUUGUAUUUGGCA